AUGCGCAUGAAAAUUAUUCACGUCAUCGCUAAUGAUAUUGAAUCUACUUUAACUCAAAUUCUAAAAGUUGUUGAAUCUACGAUUCCCUUAGUUAACUAUAGUGCUGCUGCUAUCCCAAGUCUAUCAACAAAUUUGAUAGAUGUUACAAAUCCUUAUAUCCAAAUUGAUUUAUUCUGUAAGAAAAAUCAAAAACAAUCAUCAGAUUAUGUUGACUUAGAUGCUCAAGAUGAAAAAGAGAAGCAAUCAGAUUACAUUGAUAAUGAGAAAGAUACAGAAUUAGACGAAGAAGAAA